AUCUUCCAUCUGCGUCUGCAUCGCGUCGGAAUCAAGAGGCGCGAGAGAGAAAGAGGGAGAGGUCAGGUCAGUGGCGCGGCGUGAUUGAAUUUCUUGAUGACUAGGACGAAGAAUAGGGAGCGAACCAAUCUCGAAGAAAAGAAAAGGCAUUGAAGGUCAACCUAAAGCGGAGGAUGGAAGUGGGAAAGGAGGGGACGGAGGAGCAAAUAGAGGCAUCUGACGACGCUGCUCUUGGAUGACAUGCGCACUACGGCUAAUGCCCUCACAUUCUUGAUGCGGCUUGCCAGCAGCAACGCCCGUCAUCUCAUAUCGACUGGCUCUGGCUGCAUCACGCACUCUGCAUCGCCGACGCUGCCAAGAACAAGUCGUAGUAGAAAUGUCCAUCGAUGUAGCUGCUUCUCCACCUGCGUCACUCGCAAAAGUCACAGGCCUCAAGCCGAGGCAUACUUUUCCCGCUGCUUUUCACCCACAUUUAACCUAAGCCUGGAAGAGCACCUCUUCCGCACUCGUCCAUCUCACAUUCCUGUUUGCCUCAUCUACAGAAACUCGCCAUGCGUCGUCCUUGGGCGCAAUCAAAAUCCUUGGAAGGAGCUGGAUGUGCUGGAAAUGAGGAGGCUUGGACUGCAGUGGGUUCGACGAAGAAGCGGGGGCGGUGCAGUCUAUCAUGAUCUUGGAAAUGUUAAUUACUCUUUUCACGUAGACAAGGCCGACUUUCUGCGCAGCACGCAUUCCGAGUUGGUUGUGCGCGCUCUCAAUGCCGAGCCGAUAGGAUUGCAAAGCCCUCAGCCUGGUUCUCCAUCCGCGACAGAUUUUCUAGGCACGCAAGCAGGGGCCUACGUAAACGGUCGAAACGACAUUUGCGUCCGGGUCAGGCUAGGAGGAGGGUCAGACUUGUCCGCGAACGAUGGACAGGCAGGGCCAGCAAGGCCGGAAGCGGGCGACGACGAGUCGCAACUUCAGUCUGAGCUUUUAGGGGCUGAGCGCAAAGUAUCCGGUAGCGCCUACAAGCUCAUCAAUGCGAGAGCUUACCAUCACGGAACGAUGUUGCUGUCCGCCCAAUUGUCCACCCUCGGCUCCAGCCUCAGGCCAAUCCGAGGAGAAGCAUUGCAAAGCAAAGGAGUCGCCUCCGUCCCUUCUCCUGUGGUCAACCUUUGCGCUGCCUACCCUCAUCGAGCUCAUGCCCUCGACGCGGAAAACUUUGAGCAGGGCGUUCUCAAAGAAUUCGAGAGGACGUAUGGGACGGCGAAAGUGCAGCACGUGGAGGAGGAUCAUCCGCUUGUCCAAAAUGAGCGCUUUCUCAAGGGCAGAGAAGAAAUGAAGAGCUGGCAAUGGACUCAUGGACAGACGCCCGAAUUUACGCAUGAUCUGCGGUACAGCAACCAGGUCUCUGCUGUUGUCGAUGGAGCUUUGCGCGAUGUCGAUUUCACACUGCAUUUGCACGUUAAGGGGGGCUUGGUGCAGCAAGCAAAAUUCGACAUACAACGAGCUCCGUCAUCGAUGAUCUCCGACACGCUACGAGAAAUGGCGACCAAAUUCGUAGGCGUACCUUAUGACGUACUUGCAAGCGCACCUAGGCGCGAGGGGGGAACAACGCGGCACGCCGCAGAUGCGCGAGAUCCUCCACAAGCGGCUAAAGCUCUGGAACAGGAGGCUGAAAGAUCUUUGGAAGCCUUGGGAUACACGAUCGGCGAUCUGUCUCAGCCACGGCGAAACGUAUUGCUCGACUCUGUCCGCUGGCUCAAGUCGAGUCUGUGAGAGUGUGCUCGCGCAGCUAGCUUUCGCUUUCCGGCCACACCUCCCGUCAUAGCGCAUGCAUGCGGCAUCCAGCCAGAUGUCGAGUCUGGGAGGCAGAGCAGCCACUUCAGCAACAUCGCAAUCUGCUUGGCAAAGCUCACCCUGCGAUCUAGUGUGCAGGGUGACCCUGCUCAUCAUGCGUUUCCAUUGCGUAAGUGCAUGCACGAACUGAACUUGGACAAGCCCAAUGUGUAGCGAGCAACGUGCCAGCCCGGUAGCUCCCUCGACGGGCCAUCUGUGUCUCCGUCGCGACGCAGCACAAGGCUUGAAAGCGACAGUGCCCCCCCCACCACCCACACCGAAGGGUACCUGUAUGGCGAACUUAGCUGGGCGCAACGAUAGCGCUUGGCAUAGGACGUUGCUAGCCCCUCGAGCAAUAUACGCUCGAGCUACACCACAUUCUUAGUCGCGAGUCGCACACGCCUUGCAAUCUACGCU